UUUUGUUAUCAAUUCGUUUCAGGUAGAUAAUUUUUUUACAAAAAAAUUCAAAUAUGAAUAAAUUGUAAUGAAAGUUUAAAUCAAAGUUGAAAACUUCACGUUGAUUAUGAAUUUUAGAAUAAUUUUCAUCGAUGCUCGAAAUUUCCAAGUACAAACUGAGAAACUAUGAAUGUACAGAAUCAUCAACAAACCAACCAUCGAUCAAUAAUCAUGUUUCAUGAGCUGUAGGUAGCUAGGUACAUCUACAUAGAUAAUUGAUGGGUGUUUUUAAAUAAUUGGAAGUUAAACAAGUAAUUAUAUUUUCAAAAUGAGAGAUAAAAAUACGAUUCUUUUCGAUACGUCUAAAAACGAAUUAUUCAAGAUCACCGACAACUUUAAAACAUUGUCUCGAAAACUGAAGGGAAAUUUCAAUAUUUUGACGAAUAAAGAAGAAAUAACUGCGCAGAUUCUCUCGGAAGUUUCCAUUUUGAUACUGGCAGGCCCUCGGGCUCAAUUUACUGCGAAUGAGUUUUACUACAUUAAAGAAUUCAUCGAGCUUGGUGGAUCAGUUCUUGUUGUUCUUGGAGAAGGUGGAGAAAACGCAUUCAAAACAAAUGUCAAUUAUUUGUUGGAAGAAUACGGAAUGAUGAUAAAUAAUGAUUGUGUUAUUAGGACCCAAUAUCAUAAGUAUUUCCAUCCUAAGGAAUGUUUGAUUUCGGACGGAAUUGUUAAUGGAGGAAUAAAUGAAUUUUUAGGAAUUGGGAAUACACGAGAAGUUGACAAUAAGUUUUCUACAUUUCUUUAUCCUUCGGGAGCAUCGCUGAAUGUGGUAAAACCUGCUGUACCCGUGUUAUCUACAGGCUCAGUUGCUUUUCCGGUCAAUCGUCCCAUUUGUGCCUUUUGUCGAAAAGAUGAAAAAACCAAUAAAGGUGGUAAAAUCGUUGUAGUUGGUUCCGGUCAUAUGUGGUCGGAUAAAUACAUAAAUCUAGAAAAAAAUGACAAAUUUAGAGAGCUGAUUUUUACAUGGUUAACUACCGAUGAUAUUGUUUUGAAUAACAUCGAUGCCGAGGACCCUGAGAUUGUAGAUUACGUGAUGGUCCCUGAUACCACUUUACUCGCUGAUAAGGUUCGCGGUUGCUUACAAGAAUCGUCCGAAGAUAAUUUUCUAUUAUCGGAUUAUACUCUUCUAUUUAAUCAGAAAUUGUUUUCUUUGAAUAUGAAUUGUGUUCCGAAAGUGUUGAAAGCCUACGAGGAAUUGAAAAUAAAACACGAACCUUUACGGUUAAUUACUCCGCAGUUCAGUUCUCCUUUACCGCCGCUUCAACCCGCAGUUUUUCCGCCAUCGUUUCGAGACCUACCUAUGCCUGCUUUGGAGUUAUUCGACUUGGAAGAUUCAUUCGGCUCUGAACGUACUAGACUGGCUCAGUUAGCGAAUAAGUGCAUGGUACCUACGGGUAAUAGUAAAGAAAAAGAAACCUUGGCUGAUAUCGAGUAUUUUAUUCAAGAAGCCGGAGUAAUAAUGAACAUUCGAACUAAUAAUGAAGAUGCUCACACAAUUUUGCACAAUAUUUUAACAGCGAUUACAGAUUUCAGAAAAAACUUAUUGUGAAUGAUAUUAUUAAAUUUUCAUUAGUGAUAAGUAACUAAGUGCCUAUAUAUUUUCUAGUCCGUUUGCAUUUCACUAAAUUGUUUUCUAGUCAUUUAUAACGUACCUAUUUAUCUUUUUACAAAUACACUUUUGAUAAAUUAAA